AUGUGUAUACGCAGAGCCACCCCCAAUGACCUCCCCUCCCUCGCAGACAUCGCCGCCCAGGCAAUGCUUCACGAUGAACUCUUCAUCCACCUCUGUCCCCACCGCCACACCUACUAUGCGGACUUCCGCAGUGCCUUCCUCCGUCGCCUGAGAAUGCGCCUACAUACCCCGGGAUAUGUAAUGCUAGUCGCCGUCGAGUCGGGCUCGGAGUCGGAGCACAACGGGGACCUCAGGGGCGAGCGCGUGCGUGGUUACGCAGUGUGGAGCAGACGCGGGGAUAGUCCAGCCGCCACACAAUGGCAGAAUGAAAAUGGGAGUAGCUGGUGGAACGCCCUUGAACGCACUCUCCUCGCCAUUGAAGACCGCUAUUAUGCUCUCGUAUCCCCUGAUCGCAGCUUGGACCCUGUCCGCUUAGACCGAUAUCUGCAGGCCUGUGCGACGGGCUAUGAUUUUGCCGCCCUGCCCGAGCUCUGGUUCCUGGCGACUGUGGCGGUGGAUCCUCGGCAUCAGCGUCGCGGGUUCGGUCGGAGUUUAGUGCGGUGGGGUCUGGAUCGGGCGAACGAGGAGCGGAUCCCGGUUGGUCUGGAGGCUAGUCGGCAGGGUCUGGCUCUGUAUGAGGGACUGGGGUUCCGUGCUGUUGCCAGUGCGAUGGGUGAGGUGGUUCCUGGGUUGGAAGUGCCAGCUAUGCUGUGGGAACCUGAAUCUGCUGAUCCUUGUAACUCAGAUGUGUGA